AGCAGUUUUCUUUGGUAAGUCAGCAUGAGUGUACGCAGAAAAGUGUUUAAAACGGCACAUUUUCAAAAACAGGAGAAGAGAUACACCGAACAUUGCUGUGUUCCACUUUGUUCGGCUUCAUCCAAAUUUAAUGGCGUACUAAGUUUCCACAGCUUUCCGACCCAUUCUGACUUGAGGAGCCGGUGGCUGAUAAACAUACGCCGGGAUCCUUUCACCAUUACCUCUCACACCAAGGUCUGCAGCAGACACUUUACCACUGAUCAGCUGAUAGAGCCAACAACCCCUGAUGGUCGAAGGAGGCUUGUUAGAGGUGCUGUUCCCACACUUUUUGAGUGGAAUGGCUUUAAAGUUGAGCGCAGUGUUUGGGAGAGAGCAGAGCGACCCUCUGAGCCAGUCCCUCCUGAGGAGCAAGAAGAUGACUGCUGCUCAGUCCCUGAACCGUCUGCAUCAGCUGCAGAAGGCCUGUCCACAGAGGCGGAGGACCUGAGGAGGGAAAUACAGGAGCUCCGUGCCCAACAGGAGUUUGGAUUACAGCGGUCUGCUGGCUCCGACAUCCGAGUCUAUGCCAGUGAAGGGACACCCCCCCCACACCCAGAUCAUGAUUAUGCUGAGCUGCUUCGGCCACUGGAGAAGGAAUAUGAAGAAGCUCCAAAGGUCAUCAGAAAGCAAGCUGAUUUUCAACACAGCCGGUUUCUCCUUUCCAGAUUCCAGGGAGACGAUGAGACCGUCCAGUUCUACACCGGCUUUCCAGAUUACACCACUCUCGAAGUGGUGUUUGCUGCAUUACAGCCAACAGCGGAAAACAUGGCAGGAUGGAGUCAGGCACACCGGCUAAGACAAGCUGAUGAAGACACUCAGAGGCGGGACUUUGGCAUUUCUAAACUGGCUCUAAUUGACCAGUUUUUUCUUUUCCUGUGUCGUGUGAGGCGAGGAUUUCCUGAGCUGGACCUUGCAGUGCGCUUCAGUGUGUCACAGCCAGCUGUCAACAGGAUCUGUGUAACCUGGGCAAACUUUCUGCAUUUCAUGUUGGGAUCACUUCCAAUUUGGCCUUCGAGAGAAACUGUAAAUGAGCUCAUGCCUCCCUGCUUCAGAGCCACUUUCCCUCGUACCAGAGUUAUAUUAGCCUGUACAGAAAUCCAUGUUCAGAGACCGAGCUCAACGGUUCUCACCUCUGAAAUGCACUCUAACUACAACAGUAACACCACCUUUAAGGGCCUGAUUGGAAUCUCUCCAUCAGGCAAAGUGACAUUUGUCAGUGACCUGUAUACAGGUUCAUUAUCUGACAGGGAAAUGACACAAGCCCAAGUGGACGUUUCAGCCCAGAAGAGAUGA